GGAAGGAUUUGUGUUUGUGCCGCUUUUUUGUUUGAACUUGCUUGUGUACUUGUUGUGCCUGCUUCCGAGCGAUCGGUUGGUGAGGGUUGUGGAGAGAUGAUAUGAGAUUUGUUCGUUGCGCUUUGUGGUGCUUUUGAUCUUGUUUGAGAAGACUUCAGUGUUUGUCGACUUUGACAGGAGACUAAUCUGUGAGAAUUCAGUCUGAGAACGGUGACAAUUGCAGCGAAGACGCUCGAAUUUCGAUAUGGCGACGUAUAGCUCUGGACAUCAUGCUAUGCACCAUGGCCUCCCUCAGGUCGGUCAGCUGGAUCAGGAAAGCUCAUACGAACCUACUUCAUCAGCGAGUGACAGCAAAAGUCCUCUUGGAUUGAGCUUUUUCAAGAAUCUCAACCCUGAGAAGAAGCAGACCAAAGAUGGACAACCUCCCAAACGAAGAGGCCCAAAGCCGGAUAGCAAGCCGGCCUUGACAAGACGGCAAGAACUGAACCGACAGGCUCAGAGAACACAUCGCGAACGCAAAGAAAUGUACAUCAAAGCCCUCGAACAAGAAGUACUUCGACUCAAAGAGCUCUUUACCCAAACGGCGCGUGAACGAGAUGCUGUCAACGAAGAGAACCGCAAACUGAAGGAGCUGUUAAUGCAACAUGGCAUCUCCUACGAUUUCGGAACUACACCAAUCAAGUUCCAACGCGCAGAGAGCGCAUACGGGCAGAGUUCCAGUGGCAGUAUAUCUGGCAGCUAUCGCGGCACAUCUGACAGCACUGGCCUCAGCCCGCCAACGAUGCCCAAUCAAAUGGCGCAUCCUCAACAUUACGCCAACAUGCAACCCAAUCAAAUACGCAACAUGGCGCAAAUGCCCACCAGCCGCCUCGACUACGACUCAAUAGGCAUCGACUUUGUCUUAACGUAUGACUCCCAAGGCAACCCCAUCCAAUUCCCUGGUCCAUCAAACCCAUACCCAUCGCCACCACCUCAAACCUAGCGCAGCUGCGAGGCUCGAACGCCCCUGCAUGGAUCACAUGCAAUACCUCCUCGUCCGCUCGCACAAUCCCGAAGGCAAAGGAUUCAAUCAUCCGAUGGAGAAUCCUGAUGAUGGUCAGAUUGAACAUAUGUCGGGUCAUGCGUUGAUGGGUACUAGUGCGCCGUGGUCGCAUAUUAAGGAUACGCCGAAGGAGAAUUAUCCGCAUCAGAUGCCAUCGGAUAUGAGUAAUCAGAGUUUGGCGAAGCUGUUGGAUCUCAGUUCGAGGUUGCCGAUUGAUCGGGAAGGGGAGAUUACGCCGAUUAUGGCGUGGACGAUGAUUUUCACGUGUGAGAGGAUUGGGGAGUUGGUGGAGAAGGAUUUUGAGAGGUUGAAGCAUGGGUUGGUGGGGAAGGUGAGGUGUUAUGGAUUCGGAGCUGUGCUCGAAGAAUUCGAAGUUCGGGAUGCGUUGAAUGGGGUUCUGGCCGAGAAGGACAUUGUUCCGGCCAUGUCGAAUGCGAUGUUCGUUUCUCAGUAA